AUGGAACUGCCUUCGGGAUGGGGGAGGGGAGCGCCAUCCUGCCUGAAACCGAAGGCAGGGUUUCAGUUUAAAAGACGCCAUCCGGUCUUCCCUGCCCUCUCCCGCAGGAAGCUGCGCCCGCACGCCCGCGGCCCCUGCAGCAGUGCAGCACCCGGCCCGCUCCGCCCUCACACUCACCAGUCCUCGGGCCCCGCCCGGCCAGCCCAGGCGCAGCUCCGAGGCGGCGGACAAGGCGCCCGAGCACGGUCGGAGGGGCCGCGCAGGCCUGCCCUCGGGCGCACGGCGGCGGGCGGCGGCGCUCUAGCCCUCACGCUCCCGGGCGCUCCGCCGGGCCAGCCCCACUCCCUCCCCGCACGCCCUAUGCCCAGCCAGCCAGGCCCCCGGCCCAGGCUCGGCGGCCGCACUCACCGCCUCGCUCCGCGCCUGCGCCGCACGCCUCAGGGGCCCGCCGAGAGGGCGGGGAGCACACCCGGCCUGGGAGGGACCACCGGCCUCAAGCGCCGGGGGUGGCCCGGCGGCCCGCCCCCCGGCAAGCACCUCCGCGUCGCGGCGGGUCCCUUCCGGGCGGGGGACCGCCCCUCCCGAAACAAGCGGGCGAUUCCACCCUCUAGAAUUGCUCCCGGCGAGGCUGCCGAAGGAACUUUCCCCCGCCCGACCCCGGCCCUCCCUCCCCCACAGAAGAAGUGGGAGAAGCGACGCGCGCCCGGCGCCCUUUUCCCACUAAGCUCCUCCUGGGGACGUGCGAGAAUGGUCUUGCUCGGGGUGGGCAAGGCAUGUGGCGUUUCAAACCCCAAAGAGGGGCCGCAGCCUGUUGGGGACGAAAAGGGCAGCUGUCCACAGGGCAGGAGGGUUAAGCUCUUAAAAGGUCGUGAAUCAUUGUUAGGCUUUAGCCGGAUUCCCUCACUCAAAAAAUCUUGGUGGAAUGAGUGUGAAAUUAUAGCGGAUUGGAUUAGAUGA